AUGGUAACGCGUAGCGAUAAAACGGUGGGCGUUUCCACCGGCGACCGCUUCUCGGUGAAAACCGUGGAGGGUGAAAAACUGACGCUUGAGGACAAAAAAGAGCGCACGGGCAACAUGGAUCACCAGUCGCAUGUCUCCUCCGCCGGCAAGGUCAUAGAUGGGAGUGUGCCUGCGGAAUAUGGAACCCUGAGAGGACCUCGAGGCAUUGCAAGGCUGUACGUGCGCAAGGAUUUCGAUAAUCUCUACUCGGCCAUAGAAGCUGCAGUGUCUAUGGAUUGGUUAGGACGCCUCCACGGGAAUCCUGGCGUUGGAAAGUCGGCAUUCCUCUGGUACUUCCUCAUCCGGUUCGGAAUUGAGAUGACCAUUGAGAACACCAGCUUUGUCGUCGUCUACCAGUCCGCGGAAUUUAUCUGGGAAUUCACGUCCGAAGGCCAGGUAUCCAUCCAUGAGAAGACGGAGUACCCCUUGAGUCGAUUGCAGCGAUGUGUGGUUCACCUCAUCGACCAGAAAAUUGAGAGUGGAGACCCUCUGGGCAAAAGGAUAUUGGUAGCAGCAUCCCCGGGUCGUAGAAACAUCAAGAGCGCGAAGCCAAUAGGGGUCAAAAGCAAGUUCUUCGUUCACCCCUGGGAUAAGGACGAGUUUGAGGCGUUGCUAGGCCUGUGGGAGCUUGAGAGCAAGGAAAUGCGGGAAGAAGCUGAUAGACUGCUGAAGACGAGCGAGCCGAGUGACCGCCGGUGGAAGACGUAUUCGGAAGAGUGGUCUCCACGGGUGGCUCUUCUGGAUGAGGCAGAUCGGUUGGAUGCACGCAUCAAAGCAGCUGACUUGUACUACGACUGGUACGGUGGGAUUCCUCGUCUACUUCGUGACGCAGCGGUUGGCGAUCUGGAUGACCAAGCCUGUGAGAGGAAUGUUCAGACCAGUCUCUGCAAUACGGACUUGCCAAAAGUCUAUCGGGCUAUCCUUUCCGGGGCGACGUCUGACGACAUAUCGUGGUUGCUGCUUCACUUCAAGCGGCCUCUUGUCAAGGGUGCCAGAUACUUGCUGGAUUUUGCAUCCUCCAAGAUUAAGUAUCUCUUCACAGAAACGCUCGUCAGAACGAAACAGGAAGACUUUAGGACACUUGUACAGUCCACUGAUCCCGAGCUUGGUGCUCUACGGGGAUAUGUCUUUGAGCAGGAAGUUGUCCGGCUAGUGCUAGACAGCAAUUUCGCUGCCGUCACCUUGAUUGAUAACAAGCACUGUAGUCGGUGCCAAGCGCGCGUCGUGGAAGAAGGAGCAAAUCGUCGGUUGAUUGUUUGUAGACAAUGCCGAAAAUGGUACCAUCAGGAGUGUGCUCGUUGUCCACUACCUGUUCCUAAAUUGUGGAACUGUCAAUCUUGCGAAGGAGAGACAAUCCAUGAAGGCACAGGCACUGGCGGUCUGAGGCUAAGGUAUUACAACGGUGACUUGAAAACUGCGCUCCUGGCUGCAGGUCGCAAUGCUAAAGACUUUGUGUGGAGGCCAAUAAAUAAAAGCAACGCUGCUUUCGAUUUUGCAAUCCCCCCUCGGGUUCUUGGCCAAGCCACAGUUGCCAGCGAGCACCCGGUGCCACGGGAGGCCGUGGAGGAAGGUGUGGCUGCUCUGGACGCAUGGAACAACGAGUACAACAAGGACCUCAUGGAUCCCCGGCAGCGGGAGUAUAUCUUGGCGUUCUACUUAGCUCGAGGCAACUUCGAACGUUUCGGGUACCAGAGCUACCGGGACAAGCAUCGGCAUGUUUGCAACAAAGCCGUAAAAGGAAUUAUCCAAGUCAAGAUUUUGAUCGAAACCUACGAGUUGCUUCAGUUAGCACAUCCAGUUGCGGGCUCCGUGGAUAAAUUGAUCGACCUUGAGUACCAGGAGCAGUAUGACCUCCAUAAAAUGACGGUUCGGGAACUCAAGGAUUUGGCGAAGUCUUGGGGUCUUAAAGGCUAUUCCUCCCUCAAGAAGGAUGCAUUGAUCGAGGCAUUAAAUGCUUGGGAGGAGCCACAAGUGCUUGAAAGCCGAGAGUACGAGAGCAAGUCGUACCAAGAAAUGUAUGGAGAUAGAGUUGUCGUUUGAUGAAACCUGAAUCUUAAGAAUGUUUGGCUUAUCCUUUCAGCCAUUGUC